AAUAAUGGCCUCAAAAUGGCACAUUUUUAGAAAACCAAUUAUAGCCGGGCAAAAUACUGUAGAAGCAAUUACAAAAGCUGCCGUUGUACUACAUAAUUUUAUUAAAAUGUCAGAAAACAAUGCUGGUGUACGGUAUUAUAGUGGCCCUUUGGACAUUGAACUUGAUCAAAACAAUCAAUGGAGAACAGAAGAAAUGGAAGCUUUAAGACCAGUACACCAGUUAGGAACCAAUACCUAUUCAGCAAAUGCUAAGCUAACACGAAAUAAACUUAAGGAUUAUUUUUCAAGCGAAGGUGCAGUUGCAUUCCAAUAUGAAAGAUUGUAAAUAAUGUUGUAAAUAAACUUUGAAUGUU